UCUCGGAGCUGCCUUCAUCUGGAAACACGAUUUACAUGGAAAUGUGACUGUUUGCUUAUCUUUGACUUCCAAAAAGGAACAUACACAUAACUUGCAAAUAGUUUUUUGUUUACAUAGCAGGUGGACAUGACGUCACAUGUGGUCGUAGCACUCCGAAAAAUAACAAGAUUCAACUCCGGGUAAGUGCCUACCCCUGGGGCUGCAUUCUAAUAAGCUAGUCCAAAAUAGUUCGUGGAAUACAUCUUGAUGUAUUGAAUCGCGUUGCAAAAACAAGCUACUUCUUCGCAUUACGCGUCAUGCGAGCGCAUUCAAACAGGACUCAGUGUACAGCUUUUUCUGUUACAUUAGUAAUAACAGCAGCAUUGACUGAAGACAGCAGGAGCGCAAAGACAACCCUUGUAUCUCUGAGUGCAGCGCCAACGGAGGAAUAUUUGAGCUUUUAUUUACUCUACGGCUUGUUGUUCAUUUUUUUCUGCUUUAUGGUUACUUGUACAGUCACGUGUGACGAUUUCUUGAAGCUGAACGUACACCGACUUCUUCUCACCUGGAGGCUCUUGUUUUCCUAUUGGAAAUAACGCUGCGUUUUGAUCCUCUACAGACAUCUCUGGACUGGAGUCCUUCCCAUCCUGAGACAGACGGACAACAACCACACGUUUUCACCCUCAGGGAUGAAAUAUGCAACGGCUGUGAGAAGAGCACCCACAUUCUGAAGUCCAAAGUGGUUUUAAGUCAUGAUGCAGGAGUCGGCCACAGAGACAAUAAGCAACAGUUCAAUGAGUCAAAAUGGAAUGAGCAGCCUGAGCAGCCUAUGCAGCCAAUUAGAUGCUGGCAGUAGAGAUGGAAGAUCAAGCGGUGACACGAGCAGCGAAGUAAGCACAGUCGAGCUGCUGCAUCUCCAACAACAGCAGGCCCUACAAGCAGCGAGGCAAUUACUCUUACAACAGCCAGGCAGUGGCCUGAAAUCUCCAAAGAACAACGACAAACAGCGUCCAUUGCAGGUGCCGGUGUCGGUGGCCAUGAUGAGUCCCCAGGUGAUCACCCCCCAGCAGAUGCAGCAGAUCCUCCAGCAGCAGGUCCUAUCCCCUCAGCAGCUCCAGGCCCUGCUCCAACAGCAGCAGGCUGUGAUGCUGCAGCAGUACUGUGCGAGGCCAUUUAAAGUCCAUAUGGAGAAGACAUGGCGGGAGAGCGAGACUACACAACAUCUGCAGGAGUUUUAUAAGAAACAACAGGAGCAGCUACACCUGCAGCUUUUACAACAGCAGCACCCUGGAAAGCAAGCAAAAGAGCAACAGCAGCAGCAGCAGCAUCAGCAGCAGCUCGCCGCCCAGCAGCUCGUCUUCCAGCAGCAACUCCUCCAGAUGCAACAGCUCCAGCAGCAGCAGCACCUGCUCAACAUGCAGCGCCAAGGCCUGCUCUCCCUGCCCCCGGCCCCAGGACAGGCAGCCCUCCCCGGGCAGACCAUGCCACCAGCUGGACUGAGCCCAGCAGAACUCCAGCAGUUGUGGAAGGACGUGACCGGCGGCGGCCACAACAUGGAGGACAGCGGCAUCAAACACGGAGGCGGCGGCCUGGACCUGACCACUACCAACUCUUCCUCGACUACCUCCUCUACCCCUUCCAAAGCGUCACCCCCCAUCUCCCACCACUCCAUCGCCAACGGCCAGUCUCCCGCACUCAAUUCCAGAAGGGAGAGAGAGCGAGAGAGGGAACGGGAACGGGAGAGGUACGGAAACUCAUUACAUGAGGAAAGCGGAGCCUCCCACUCCCUCUAUGGUCACGGGGUGUGCAAGUGGCCCGGCUGCGAGAGCGUCUGUGAGGACUUCGGACAGUUUUUGAAGCACCUUAACAAUGAGCAUGCUCUAGACGACAGGAGCACGGCCCAGUGUCGAGUCCAGAUGCAGGUGGUACAGCAGCUAGAGAUACAGCUUUCUAAAGAACGUGAGCGUCUUCAGGCGAUGAUGGCCCACUUGCACAUGCGGCCCUCGGAGCCCAAGCCAUCUCCAAAACCUCUGAACUUGGUAUCGAGCGUCACCAUGUCGAAGAACCUGCUGUCGGUGUCCCCUCCGAACGUACCUCAGACCCCCACCACGCCCAGCGCCCCCGUGACACCCAUGUCCCAGGUGCCCCAGGUGCCCUCCCUGCUCAGCGCCGCCAACGUCCCCAGCAUGGGCGCCAUGCGCAGACGUCACUCCGACAAGUACUCCAUGCAACUGUCUUCAGGUGGUGACACAGUAUUUAUUUUUCCAGAGAUUGCCCCAAACUAUGAGUUUUAUAAGAAUGCCGAUGUCAGACCGCCAUUUACUUAUGCAACCCUCAUAAGGCAGGGUAUCAUGGAGUCAGGCGACAUGCAGUUAACGCUUAAUGAAAUCUACAGCUGGUUCACGCGCACAUUCGCUUACUUCAGACGCAACGCAGCUACUUGGAAGAACGCCGUUCGCCACAACCUCAGUCUGCACAAGUGCUUUGUGCGCGUGGAGAACGUGAAGGGGGCCGUGUGGACGGUGGAUGAGAUGGAGUACCAGAAACGCAGGUCUCAGAAGAUAACAGGGUGUAGAAGCCCGACGCUUGUGAAGAACCUUCCCUCCAGCCUGGGCUAUGGAGCUGCUUUAAACGCCAGCUUACAGGCGGCGCUGGCUGAGACCUCCCUGCCUCUGCUGGGGAACCCUGGUCUGAUGAACAGCAGUUCGUCUGGCUUGAUGGGAGGCAGUCCUCAUGGUCUAAUGGGCGGGAGCCCCCCUGGUAUGCUGGGCGGUAGCCCCCAUGGAUUGAUGGGUGGUAGCCCACAUGGAUUCAUGGGCGGGAGCCCCCAUGGGUUGAUGGGUGGCAGCCCCCCAGGAAUGAUGGGUAGCAGCCCCCCCAGCCUGCUCCAGUCCGACUUGAACGGAUCGCUGGAUCACCUGGACACCAACGGCCACAGCAGCCCUGGAGGAUACUCCCCACAGGCACACAUGCCAGCGAUCCACGUCAAGGAGGAGCCGUUGAACAUGGACGACGAUGACUGUCCGAUGUCACUGGUGACGACAGCCAACCACAGCCCAGAGCUAGACGACGACCGGGAGCUGGAGGAGGGCAACCUAUCAGAUGACCUGGAGUGACUACUGGAGUCCCUCCCACUACUACAGGCCCCUCCCUCCACCUCCGUCACACUGUCCUCCUACCUGUUUCCUCACAGGCUGUCCUCCUAGAACCUGCUAGAACCAGAACCACUCCUCACCCAGAACCAAACAGAACCAACAGAACAGACCACAGCUGACUCUCCUCCCUCCCGACCCGCGGACUGGAGUAUUUAUUGAGCAUGCAUCCGGAAGACGAGGCCCAAAGGAACUCUUUGUUGCAGCCCUAUGGGAUCCCUGACUGAACAUGACAGGCAUGAGAUGUCUGGUUUUUAAAACGACUUUCAGACCUGUUUCAUUAAGAUGGCUUGGCCACUACAUACACACAGACACACACAGAGGCUCAUGGACGGAAAACGACAAAAACACGAGUCUGGGAACCCGUUCUGUAGAAAGCUAACGGCCUCAUAUACUGCCAAAAAAAAAGAUGUUUAAUUUUGUGAAUAUCAAAAAACCCUCACAGUAGUUGUUGAUGUUAGAAACAAUUGCUGGUUCAAUUCAAACGUUGUUGCUCUGUCCAUCAUUUGCACAGGAGUAGUAUCAGAAAUUAGUGUCACUGCCUGUAUGUUGCAAAAAUUCUAAAAAACGGUUGUUUUUUUUUCUUCUUUUUGCGUUCUACAAUUUUGUAUUCUGAUUUCUGGCACCACCAACUGUAAAUGCCAUUUCCUAUUUCCCAACAGUAACAGAAGCACGGUAUCAAGACUGUUGCAGCUGUCAAAAAAAAGUAGGCUUCCAGUCUGAACCUGUUUGUGAUGAAAAGUCAUUAACGUGACAUUAAGUUUGAAAAACGUACCUGUUUGUGUAAGCACCAACCAAUACGGGGGGGGAAAAAUGCAUUUCUGCAUAUUCUUCUGCUGUUCUCUUUUACCUCCUUGUUCUAAAGCUUUGUCUACCUGCAAACAGUCACAGGCAACAGCUAGAAACCAAAGCCAACACUAUCAAUGGCCAAUAGCUUAGACAGAAGCCACCAGACUCUUUGGUCAGCCUUCUGUGACUUUAACUAGUAUAAAGAGAAGCUUUCCGCGAACUACCUUCUAAAUAACCUCUGGGAUCGUUUCAUUUAGCCCUGUACAAAGAUGAUUCAAGAAAAAGAAAAAAUACAAGAUUUUGAUGUGUAAUUUGAUAACUUGUAGUGUCCACUUGGAGUUUAGGGCGAGAGAGGAGAGGAGAUGUGACAUGUAACUACAGGCGAUGUGAUAGGGACUGGUAGAAAGCAGCUCUACUGUAAAAGUGGAUCAUGACCAAAAUGAACAUUUGUGUGUUCAAUGGAAGUGCAGAAAAUUGUGUUGUUGUGAAAGAUUGUUUUGGAUUUUUGGAUUUCUUUGUUUUUGUCUUUCCGUCACCCAUCAUGUCAUAGUUUUCUCUAAUCUAGUGAAUAUGUCAUGUUUAGUGGGACUGUCAAAUAUGUCAUGUCUUAUUUCCACGCGGUUUGUUUAGAGCCGCGUUUAAAACCGAAACUGAAAACAUAGUAACCAAACAUUUAAAAUAUCUAGUAAAGCCAAAUAAGUCAUAAUUUCAAGUUGAUAUGAAAUGAUGUGGCUUGGUUAUCACAUAAAAGCAAAUAAUACAGCCAUUGUAGAAGAGGGAUAUCAAAGGUGAAAAGAAACCUUUUCUAGGUGAUAUUUGCUUUAUUCUAUAGUUUAAAUACUUCAUUGUCUAAUCCAUAGCUUCUUAACUAUAUAGAUACAGUCAGUGUGGUAGCACAGGAGAAGCUAUCUUUAACUGCACUGCAUUCUGUAUAGGGUAGGCAACUUGUAUAUCACAUUUGGGAUUCUAGUGGCAGGAACAGAAGUUAGUGAUUGUCAAAAAAUAUAUUUAAUUUCUCUCAGCUAAAUGUCAUCUAGAAAAGUGGAUGUUGUUGCUUUAAUGGUCAUUUCCGUUUUCAGUCAAACCAAAGUUACACAAAAUUCUGCCUCUGGUUAUGGGAUAGACACUCUAGAAAUGACACACACAAACCCUUUCAAAGGCACGCACACACAUACACACACACACACACGCACACGCACGCAGUCCUGUGUGAUUGGUCUGCCAGCUUUCCUGGUCCUUGUUAUGGUAACCUUCAGAUGCAGAAAAACAGAUACUGUCAAAUAACUGACUGAGUUGUAUUGUAUUUUAACUAUCAGUGUGUGUCUGCUUUGUGCGUAUGUAUGGAAACAUACCUGUGCAUAUAUGUCGUUUUCAAGUGUUGUGCCAAGCCCAAAAAGUUGGCUUCUAGAGCUUAGCGCACUACUACGUACAUAACCCAAACACACAUGCAUAACCCAAACACACGUUACACACACAGUCAUGCCAGUUCCACUUCAAGAGGGUGCUGGGCCCAGGAACAAAGCUUCUCCCUUAUGUGCUUUGAGUCAGCAAAAAAAUGACUUGAAGACGACGUUCAUAAUAAUCUUAUCACACCAAAUAUAAAGGACACGGCGUCUUUCAACAACAACAAAAAGGAUUCUCCCACUUAACCCCAAAAACGAAGGCUUUCUAUAAAAAAAAAAGGUUCUACCUCUGCACAACCAAUUCUGAACAAUUAAAUGGCAGAUUGCACGUCGAGUUAUUAGAGAGCCACAAGAGCUGUUACACUUUACUCAAUGGACACGGCUCGACGGACAGUUUACAUUCCCGACGUCAGACACGGAAGAAGAUUAGUAUUGUCAUAGGUUGUCCUCAAACAUUUGUAGAAUGAUAAUGUAAAAAAAUACCUUUAAGGGAAUAUUGUGUUUUAAAAUGCAUGUCUAAAAUAAUUUGGUGGACUGGAAAACAAUCAUUAACAAAUCGAAAAUACUGUAAGACAUACAAAUGAUCAGGAGGAUGACCUAAAUGUAAGUACAAUGCAUAGGAAUGCGUACCUCAACUAUACUGUUUGGGAAGGAAAAAACUGUCAGCCACAGAAUGCAUAUUACCUGUAGAUUUUGCAUGGGUUUUGUAAAAAUAAAAAUGUCUGAAAUAGUUGCUUGCACAUAAUACCAGAAAGAUCCCAGAACUGCAAUCUGCUCCUCCACUAGAUUUUAGGAUUGUCUGGAUUUUCUGGGAUGAUUUUGUCUGUAUUUUGAUAACUGUGCAUACUAUGUAAAAAUGUUGGUGGACCCAUAAAAUUUACCAGACUUUUUUUCUAAGCGAAGAAAAAAAAAAAAUCGGUGUUUCUUUUCUGAAUUUCAUGAUUUUUUUUUUUUUACUGUUCUCUCAUUGCUCGCUAAGAAUAGCAAACCUGCUUCUUCUGCAUCUGCUUUGCGUAGCUGUAAGGCUUAACCUAAUGUGUGUAUUUAUUGCUUGUACCUCUGUGCAUACUUUAUGAAGCAUUAUGUCUGGCAGUUGAGUCAUGUAUACUUUCUACUACUAUCAUUCUCUAAUAAUUGGGAAUAUGAUCCCCCUAUGUAUACAGUAAAUUGGGACUGUAGCAAACACAUAUGUUUAUGUAAUUAGUGAAUACCUUCUAUGUUUUUUUUUGUUGUAUUCCUUUAUGAUCGAGGUGAACUCAUUUUUGAUACCUUCAUUACCGUGUACUGUGUCCAUGCGUUAAAGAUUCUCUGACACUAGAAGGUCAUGGUUGAGAAUUGUAACAGUCGUUAUUAUUUUCUGUAUUCAUGGCUUUUCACUGCUGACUAAAAUAAAGGACCAAAACUAGGA